AUGGGAAAGAAGCAGCCGCGAGCUCCACCGGAGCCCCUGGAUGACGCUCUCAUAUGCAAAGCUGAUGAGCUUACUCCUGGAACUGAUGUUGUGGUUGUGGGAGGCGCACACAGAAGGAUUCAUGGCUACCGAGCGGUCAUCUUGAAAAGCAAGGCUCCAAGUACUACAACGUUCAACAUUCGUGUGCUCCAAGGCACGGCGGAGGAGCGGCGCAAGAUCUGGACCAUCGAUCAGGCCCAUGUCAGGUACGGUCCUCAAGGGCAGGCGCAGGACGACGGAUUGCAUGCGUCUCUUCGCUGGCGCAUGACGCCUCCACCACUGACUGUCUUUAGUGCCAGGUGGUUACUGGGGUGGCAGUCAUUUUCCACCCUGGUUCCUCCGAAGCCGAUUAAGAAAGGCGACAGCAAUGAGGACCAGGAGCACGGGGAGUCCCCGACGGGGAGCAGCUUGAGAAGGCCGACGCCCAAGCAUAGGCAGAGCUCGCGUCCCUCGUCUACCGCAGCACCCCCUGCCUCUGCGCCACUGGAUGAUGAGGAGUGGGUGGAGAUAGAAGUCGAGGCAGAAGAGCCCCUUGGCACAGCCACCGCCAGCUCAAUGACUCGAUCCCCCUUGCAGAACAGCGCACUACAAGGCCGCUGA